GUCAUGAACCCAUGGGGGAAGGGAAAGAAGGGCAGGGGGAUAGGGAGAGAAGGGCAGGGGGAAAGGGAGAGAAGGGCAGUGGGAAAGGGAGAGAAGGGCAGGGGGAAAGGGAGAGGAGGGCAGGGGGAAAGGGAGAGGAGGGCAGGGGGAAAGGGAGAGAAGGGCAGGGGGAAAGGGAGAGGAGGGGAGGGGGAAAGGGAGAGGAGGGCACGGGGAAAGGGAGAGAAGGGCAGGGGGAAAGGGAGAGGAGGGCAGGGGGAAAUGGAGAGGAUGGCAGGGGGAAAGGGAGAGAAUGGCAGGGGUAAAGGGAGAGAAGGGCAGGGGGAAAGGGAGAGAAGGGCAGGGGGAAAGGGAGAGAAGGGCAGGGGGGAAAGGGAGAGAAGGGCAGGGGGAAAGGGAGAGGAGGGCAGGGGGAAAGGGAGAGGAGGGCAGGGGGAAAGGGAGAGGAGGGCAGGGGGGAAAGGGAGAGAAGGGCAGGGGGAAAGGGAGAGGAGGGGAGGGGGAAAGGGAGAGGAGGGCACGGGGAAUGGGAGAGAAGGGCAGGGGGGAAGGGGAGAGGAGGGCAGGGAGAAAGGGAGAGGAGGGCAGGAGGGAAAGGGAGAGAAGGGCAGGGGGAAAGGGAGAGGAGGGCAGGGGGGAAGGGAGAGAAGGGCAGGGGGAAAGGGAGAGGAGGGCAGGGGCAAGGGGAGAGGAUGGCAGGGAGAAAGGGAGAGGAGGGCAGGGGGGAAAGGGAGAGAAGGGCAGGGGGAAAGGGAGAGGAGGGCAGGGGGGAAGGGAGAGGAGGGCAGGGGGAAAGGGAGAGGAGGGCAGGGGGAAAUGGAGAGAAGGGCAGGGGGAAAGGGAGAGAAGGGCAGGGGGAAAGGGAGCGGAUGGCAGGGGGAAAGGGAGAGAAGGGCAGGGGGAAAGGGAGAGGAGGGGAGGGGGAAAGGGAGAGGAGGGCACGGGGAAAGGGAGAGAAGGGCAGGGGGAAAGGGAGAGAAGGGCAGGGGGAAAGGGAGAGGAGGGCAGGGGGGAAAGGAGUGGAGGGCAGGGGGAAAGGGAGAGAAGGGCAGGGGGAAAGGGAGAGAAGGGCAGGGGGAAAGGGAGAGGAGGGCAGGGGGGAAAGGAGUGGAGGGCAGGGGGAAAGGGAGAGAAGGGCAGGGGGAAAGGGAGAGGAGGGCACGGGGAAAGGGAGAGAAGGGCAGGGGGAAAGGGAGAGGAGGACAGGGGGGGAAAGGGAGAGAAGGGCAGGGAGAAAGGGAGAGAAGGGCAGGGGGAAAGGGAGAAGAGGGCAGUAGGAAAUGGAGAGGAGGGCAGGGGGAAAGGGAGAGAAGGGCAGGGGUAAAGGGAGAGAAGGGCAGGGGGAAAGGGAGAGAAGGGCAGGGAGAAAGGGAGAGAAGGGCAGGGGGAAAGGGAGAAGAGGGCAGUAGGAAAUGGAGAGGAGGGCAGGGGGGAGAGGAGGGCAGGGGGAAAGGGAGAGGAGGGCAGGGGGGAAAGGGAGAGGAGGGCAGGGGGAAAGGGAGAGGAGGGCAGGGGGAAAGGGAGAGAAGGGCAGGGGGAAAGGGAGAGGAGGGGAGGGGGAAAGGGAGAGGAGGGCACGGGGAAAGGGAGAGAAGGGCAGGGGGAAAGGGAGAGGAGGGCAGGGGGAAAUGGAGAGGAUGGCAGGGGGAAAGGGAGAGAAUGGCAGGGGUAAAGGGAGAGAAGGGCAGGGGGAAAGGGAGAGAAGGGCAGGGGGAAAGGGAGAGAAGGGCAGGGGGGAAAGGGAGAGAAGGGCAGGGGGAAAGGGAGAGGAGGGCAGGGGGAAAGGGAGAGGAGGGCAGGGGGAAAGGGAGAGGAGGGCAGUGGGGAAAGGGAGAGAAGGGCAGGGGGAAAGGGAGAGGAGGGCAGGGGGAAAGGGAGUGGAGGGCAGGGGGAAAGGGAGAGAAGGGCAGAGGGGAAGGGAGAGGAGGGUAGGGGGAAAGGAAGAGGAGGGCAGAGGGAAA